CCCCGCCUGGGCGCACCAGCUCCCGGCUGAGCUGCGGGCGGAGGGAGCCGGGCUCGCAACGGCGCUGCGACCCACGCGGGGCUGAGUCCGUGUUAGCACCAGCCCCCCCCCCAGCCCGGCCCAGGGUGUGACUGACGCCUGGGCGCCACCUCCCUGAGUGUGCGGCUUGCGGCGUGGGCGGGAAGAGACGAGCUCGCCUGUGAGCCCUGGAACAACUCUGUUGUGUGGUGUAUUUAUUAUGUGUCCAGAGGAUCCACUUAAAUUUUUAGAAGAAAAGAUCAGAGAAAUAAUGGUGAAAGGACUAGAUGGUAUUUUAUGGGAUGCAUGUAUUGAUUCAUCCCUCAGGCCAGAAUUAAAGAGGAUUUCAGAAACUUAUUUGCAUAUCCUUUUUGGACUAAAUGAUGAACAGCUGAUGACUGAAGAGUUAUGUGAAAAAGCAUGGAACUUUUACAGCAAUAACUUAAAGAAACUUUACUUUCAUGCAUGGAUGCACUAUUGUCUGUUGCAAAAAAAGUGUAAAGCGCUUGUAAAGCAGAAGAUGGCUUUUGCAGGAGACUAUUAUGACACUAGAAUAACCAGAGUAGUAGUACAGAAGUGGAGAGCUUGGGUACAAUUUCGCAAGGACCAAAUAGCAUUGGCAGCAAUGAGGAUACAAAAGGUCUUUAAUGACAAUUUGAAGAAAAUUAUCCUAAGGGCGUGGCAUGCAGAGGCUCAGAGUUCCGCAAAAACAAAAGCAUAUUUUGAGCGUUUGGUAAAGGGAGACCAGGAAGAAUGUUUUGAAAAACAGGAUUAUGAACAAUAUUCUUCUUCAGAAACAGUUAAAGAUGAAAUGUCAAAUAUACAGGAACGAGCAAUAUUGCAGAUCUUCCAUUAUAUCGAUUUAAUUGAUCUGGCAAGAUGUGCUCAAGUUAGUCGAUCCUGGAUGUUGCUGACACAGGCUAGUUCAAUAUGGACUGAUAUUGAUUUUUCUUCAGUAAAGCACAAGGUGCAGGACAAAACUGUAGAAAAGAUUCUGAAGAAGUGGCGUCCUUAUGUCAUACGUUUGAAUCUUCGUGCUUGUUCUGCUCUUCACUGGCCAAGCUUUAAAAGUAUUAGUGAAUGUAAAAAUUUGCAAGACCUAAAUGUCUCUGAAUGCAAAGGAUUAAAUGAUGAAUCAAUGAGACUUAUAUCAGAAGGUUGUCCAGCUCUUCUCUAUUUAAAUCUGUCUUACACAGAUAUUACUAAUGGGACACUAAGACUGUUGUCAAGGAGCUUCUCCAAUUUACAAUAUCUGAGUUUAGCUUACUGCAGAAAAUUCACAGACAAAGGUUUACAGUACCUGGGAUCUGGGAAAGGAUGUCACAAGCUCAUCUAUUUGGACCUUUCAGGUUGCAUUCAGAUCUCUGUGGAUGGCUUCAGAUGUAUUGCUAACAGCUGCAGUGGGAUUAAGCACUUGGUAAUCAAUGAUAUGCCAACUCUUACAGACAAAUGUAUCCAAGCUUUAGUUGAAAAAUGCCAACAGAUUGUAUCUGUUGUUUUUCUGGGCUCUCCACAUCUUUCUGAUGUCACUUUUAAAGCCCUUGCUGAAUGUAAACUUGUCAAGGUCAGAAUUGAAGGGAAUAAUCGGAUUACUGAUGUAAGUUUCAAGUUGAUGAGCAAAUUCUGUCCACAGAUCAAGCAUAUUUAUAUGGCUGAUUGCCAGAAGAUUACAGAUAUAAGUCUUAAGACAAUUUCUCCAUUGAAGUAUAUUCUUGUAUUAAAUUUAGCAGACUGUGUAAGAAUCAGUGAUGCAGGUUUACGGCCAUUUUUAGAAGGAUCUUCAGGGGCAAAGCUAAGAGAACUGAACUUGACUAAUUGUAUCCAUAUCACUGAUGCCUCUCUCAUGAAAAUAGCCCAGAGGUGCCAUAAUUUGACCUACCUGAAUAUACGGUACUGUGAAAGCGUGACUGAUGGUGGGAUUGAGGCACUGGGAUACAUGACCUCACUGAUGUCUAUUGAUAUUUCUGGAACCACUGUCUCAGAUAUGAGUUUGGUAGUCCUUGGCCACGUUAGAAGAAUGAAGGAACUUUCUGUAUCUGAAUGUAGGAAGAUCACUGAUUUGGGGAUUCAGAGGUUCUGCCAGGGUGCAAAAGAUCUAGAGUACUGUGAUGUCUCUUACUGCUUUCAACUGACAAAUGAAACUGUCAAAGCUUUGGCAUUUAACUGCCGCCAACUUACAUCCCUCAACAUAGCUGGUUGCCACAAGAUGACGGAUUUAUGUAUUCAGUAUUUGUCUGGAGUCUGCCAUUAUCUCCACUUCUUGGAUAUCUCAGGCUGUGUACAUCUUACUGACAAAACACUAAAAUACCUUUGGAAAGGAUGUACACAACUCCGGAUUCUUAAGAUGCUGUACUGCAAAAAUAUUACCAAACAAGCUGUUCUGAAAUAUUCAGUCAAGUUAGAGAAGCAAGAAUAUAAUGAUGCUGAUCCUCCUUCCUGGCUUGGGUAUGAUAGUGCUGGAAGCGUACUCACCCUCAACAAAAAAUCUAGACCAGGAUCUGAAAAAGCUAAAUCCUUGUCCCAGAAUGAAAACAAAGAAGCUACAUAACAUCAUCUGUAUGUCAAGGUUGUUUCAGCAGAGAGUGUAAAAAUGAAACUGCAAGUUCCUGUUUUUAAAACUGUAAUUUAAUAAAGGGGAUUGUCCAGUGGCA